GUAGUAUUUUAUUGGUUGCGGUCGAAUGUUCGCGAUCUUUGUAGCGAACUACAUACAUGUACACCAAAAUUGCUCAAGGCGAGAAGUAAUCCAAGAGCUCUUCCAAAAUAAGGAUGCGUUUGGACUUAGAAAAGAUCAGUGACUGAUUAAUUCGCCAGCACUCUUGUUUUUCUUUGCUAUGGCUGCGAAUCUUCCCUACGAAAUAAGCAAGUUCCAAGAGCAUUCAAGGCUACUGAAGCAGAUAAAACGAGACACGAACCGAUACUUUCAGGAAAUUCAAGACUCGGGACAAUUCAGUCAAGACGUCUUAUCUGCAUAUCUUCCAGAAAGCGACUAUCAGUCCUUAGCGGUUUGUGAGAAACCUCCCACUAUCAUUGUAAUAGGACAAACAUGCUUCGCCAAAGUCUGCGUGAUCAACGAGUUGCUUGGGGAACCCGUUCUUCCCGUGGUUGGGGAGUUAGACAGUCGCACAUCAUGGCGAAUGAUUCGAUUAAAGUACGGGAACAUCUCAAACGUCAGUCUAGUUCUACCGGACAGUUUUGAAUUAGCAGCGAACCUUAACGCCUAUGAAGGCUCGUGGGAAUGUGUUCCAAGAGCUGAUCUCGAAUUGACUGAAGUACAAAGAGACGAUCCAGCCUUGGCGACUGCUGUUGCUGAAGUUUCGUUAACGCAUCCCUUAUUGAAAGCCGGAGCAGAGUUGGUGUGUUCCCCCAGCAAUCACGAGGGCGACAUCGACAACAUAUUCCGGGCCUGUUGCGAGGAUGUGCUUCCAAUUGUUCUUUACGCGAUAGAAUUUGAUGUUUUGACAGAGAAGGUAGGUUAGAAUUUUAUUGUGGUAAUCAUGCCUGUAAUUAUCCACAUUUAGUUCACGUGCGCGAAGACGCGAUCCGAAAAAGCUGCUUACAGUAAUAUUCUAAUUUCUUUCACUCUUUCAGUAGGGGAUGUUGUUAGAAAUACAUUUGUAGAGGCAAAGGAAGCUCAAGAUAAAUAUACAUUUAAGUUUUGUUUUCACCCUAAACAUUCGAACGUGGUAAUCUAUGGGGUUACUCUUAAAGAGAUCACUACAACAUGAGAUAUAUGUGCCUUUUAACUCUAUUGUCUUUCAUUAUCACCGAUCAUAACAAGUUUCGAUCAAUUAAAAAUAAUCACCUUUUGGCUUCCCCUAUGAAGGAAAACCUUUACCCAAAAAACUGGCUUUGAGAUAAGAAUUGGUGUAAAUUAUGUUGUGCGUUUGCUUUGAAUGGAAUUAGUGGUAUUUUAUUAGGGUGCAGUUUUGUUUUACUUUCUUGGUACGUGCUGUAGAAAUGAUGUUUAUUUUAUGGUAGUAAUUUUUAUUAAGGGAAAUUUCUGGUUCACGUGCUUUGAAAUAAAUUUGCCAUCUUUCCUAUCUUACGUCAUAUCUUCCCAGCUGUUUGUUCAAGAUUGCACAGUCCCUGUUGUAAAACCUGAUAUCUUUUCAACACACAAGGAAGUGAACUUGUACCACAAGUGGAACAUUUUUAAAAGUUUAAGUUUUUCCAUCUGUUAGGGAAUCCCUCUAGAUAUGCUGUAUAAAGAAUCUUUUAAUUUACCAAUACCCCCCAAAAAAAUGGUGUUUGUUGAAGUAACUAGAUUGCCUAAGGCACAAUAUAAUGAGGGCAUGUUGUGCAAGGCUGAUUGUACAUGAUAUGCAGACAAUUUACUAUUUAGUACUGUCAAUAACAAAUUUGUAAUCUAAGAAGUCUUAUUGUAACUCGUUUUGGAAAAGAAUUCACGUAUACAGUACACACUGGUGUAUUUUGAAAUACAUUCUAUGCUGCAAUCAGCUUGGGACCUGUGGUAGUUCAUGUGAUUGAAAUAGUAAUAUCAAAGGUGUUUAAUUACAGGUAUUUUAGAAUUUGCGUUCAGCUAUGUAUAUGUAUUUAUUCAUAUAUCAGUUGAACUCACUAAAAUUGGCCUCUGCAAUUGUAUUUUUUUUCUCACUUGCUCUGUUUCUGCUUUCCUUUUACCCUUUAGAGAGCAUUUCUCCUUAUUUUUAUCCAUCAAGCAGUUUUUCAGAUAUUGAUGAUAAAGAGGGUAGAAUUUAUCAUGUGGUUUCUCUUUUAUGUAAAGGAUAAGACAGAACUCCGUCAAGUGAAGGCAAUGGCACCAGAUAUGGCUGUGUUCUUUGUAAAGUGCAACAGGAAUGCUUCUGCUGAGCUGACUGAUUCUAUGACUGAGUCAGGCCGCAAUUACGUCAUUGAGACAAUGGAGCAGAGACGGGCAGAUGUCAACCAAGAAACUGGAUCAAUACCUGGGAAGACAAAGAUCUUUGAGCAGCUAUGUGAACUAGGGUACUUAUCACUGGAGAAUGAAGAAACGAAACUGCAGGCAAAUGAGCAGUCAACAAACAAUUCAAUGUUGACAGCCAUUCGACCAAAGUCAAAUCUCAUUGAGGACUUCAAACUUUUCCCUUGUUUUCUGCUGUUUGUGCGGCAAGUCCUUAAAUACAAUGUUGUUUCAGCUGCAACUGUACUGAAUGAGGCUCAUGUGAGAGUGCUUGGUAUGUUCAUCACUACAGCCUUUGACAUGGCCCGGGAUAUGGUGGUCACACCGCGUAGGCUGGACUAUGCCAGAGAGAAGGAGGAAGAUCUGUUUAAUGCUCUGAUGGAAAGUGCAAGCCGCAAGCAAGAGGAAAUCAAAGACCUCAUACACAACACUAUCACCUCACUGUCGCCAGAAAUCUUGGAUGAAGUUGAGCAUCGGACCUUUGAAGGGGUAAAAGUGCUGCCUAAUGGUGAGCUUUCAAACCCAAAGGAUUUGCAGUACUGUGUUACUGUUAUUCAAGAGCUGGUCCUAGCAAGAAUCAACAACUCUGUGGCGGAAGGAUUGAUUAGUUCUGUCAAAUACCUCCAAGAAAAUUUUGUGGGAACUUUGAAGCGAUGCAUUGAGUGCCUGGAGAAGAUAGACAGGGAUGGGGUUUAUGAAAACGGAGAAUCUGCUACGUCAUCCCUAAGACACGUAAGUUCAUAGUAUGCUGUUAACCCUUUACACCCUGACGUUAGUUUCCAUAUUUUUCAAUACUCUCCUCUGUAUGUUUCCUUUGGUACAAACAAGGAUAACUGGCUUAACAGUCAAAGCCUUUCGAGUUAGUGAUCAUUUCCUUUAUCCUCAUGAUUUUAUGAAAGGAGAAAUUAGAUGCUGGUCCCUCUUAGGGCUCAAAAGGUUUUAUGUAACUGUUACACGUUUCUGCCCAAUGGAAUGGCUAAUUCUGUCUUUUGGCUGCCUAGCUAAAUUUUCCUGUGCUAUAUUUCAUGACUAAAAAGCCUCAAGGUUAGGUAUUGCACAAGUCUUGUCACUUGUUUGCUGUACAAAUACUUUCAUUACUUAAAGGUUUGACCCAGCAUUUCUCAAUUAAUCAUGAAUUAAAGUAUCUGUUAGAGGGAUUGAAACAUGAAAUGCUGGUGCUGUGCAUCUACAUAUAGAAUGCAACCAAAUGCUCUCCUUGCAUGUUUCAAUGCAAUGACCAUGCAGAUGCUUAUCAGAAUUAACUAACUGACCUUCUAACUCCUAUUAAUGACCAAGACAGAAUUUUUCCUGACAAUAUCUAUGAGAAUGAUAGAAAAAAUAUUAAUCAGGGGAUUGUUAGUUGAUCAAAUAUCUACUUCUCUGAACUAACAUCAAAAUAAUUGUAUGGCAGACAGUUAGGAGAGUUGGUAAUAAGAUCUUGGGAGUGAAAGGGUGAAAAGUUCACCCUGUAUCAGUUAUUGUGGUUACAGUUUCUGAGGAUGACGAUGGCUGCGUGCUUUAAUAAUACAAUCACCUUGAAAGUACCAUUAUUCCACACUAUAUCUGAGGUUAUACAUUUUGCUCCCUUUUUUGAUAGGUUCUAAACUCUGCAUACCAAAUUGAGGUAACAGUGAGAGCAAGUUCCUCUCUAGCUCGGCUUUUGUGGGAAAAGAUGAAACAAGCACUUCAAACUUUCCCUGGUCAAGCUCCACCAAAGGUAGAUGGUAUCUGGAAGAGGAAAAUUGCUCAAGACAUGCUCACCAGCUUGAGUGAAACACGACUGGCCAGACACAUUUGCUCCCAAUUUAGGUUGCGACUUCAAAAGUCUCACGAGGCAUUUGCAACAUCCUUGAGAAUACUUGAAGCGCAUCACUCUGGGAGACUAGAGAAAACCGAGGAGAGGCGUCUACGUCUGCGGAAAUGCCAUGCUCCCAAGAUUGCCAGACUGGCUCUGGAAAGCACCUCUCUGAGAGAUGUGGUGGUGUAUGGAAUGCCUCAGAUGGGUCGAGAGGUUGGGAGGGGACAGUAUGGUGUUGUGUAUUCAUGUGAACGCUAUGCUGGUCGUUCACCAUGUGCUAUCAAAUCCGUUGUCCCUCCUGAUGAUAAACACUGGAAUGACUUGGCUCUGGAAUUUUUCUACACAAGGUAAGUGUUUAGUAUAGGAUGUACAAGCCUAAUGUAGUGUUUUUGACAACAGUCUUUUGGGAAGAGGAAGAGUAACAUUAGGUUAAAUGUAUAUGGAUUGCUUUCCUGCAUGUACUUUCUCCCCUACUUGUUCAACAAAUAGUAACCUUCCGAUCCACAGUAUUUUUAACCUUUGACUUGAUGAGAUUGGGGAAAAGAAGGUUUCCUCUUCUUCUGGGCUGGGUUAUUCAAAGUUUGGUUACCAUAACUCAGGAUUAGUGUGAAAUCUGAAAUUCUUAAAUAUGAUUAUUGGAUACUUUAAAAAGAAUAGAGAAAAUUGUCCCAAAAGGGCUUUUGAAGAAAGGAAUAAAGAAAUCUGUAUUAAAAUUUGACCCUGGGCUAGUGCUAAUUGGCCUUUGAACAACUGGGCCCUACAUUACACUUUGUUUCCUGAUUUAUAAUGUCAAUAUCAGCCACACACCCAGAAGCACCUUUACAACUUCACCAAUCAAGUAUAGGUUUUUAAGUGCUGUGGAACCAGUAGCUUGUUAACUCUUUUCACCCUGAUAUCAGUAUGCACGUUCCUCUAUGCUUUUUUCUAUGUGUUUCAUAUGGUGCUGACACGGAGAAAUUUUUCAACAGUCUAGAGGUUCUUUAGUUGUUGAUACAGUAGUAAUAUUAUACUGGUCUCUAUACAUGUGGUAUGGUGCUGACAAGGAGAAUUUAUUUUGUUCAAAGGUCAAGAGCUUCUUUAGCUGUUGAUUACUUCAUUUAUUUGUUUGACCUUAAAGUUUGAUUCCGUGGUGAUAUUAUACUGUUAUCUAUACAUUUUUGUAUGGUGCUGACGAGGAGAAUUUGUUCAACAGUCAAGAGCUUCUUUAGUUGCUAAUCAUUUCAUAUAUUUUUGUUACCUUAAUAUUUGAUUCUGUGGUCAUAUUGUAAGGAGAAAUUCGAUUUUGGUCACUCUUGGGGGUGAAAGGGUAUGUGUCUUUUGUGUAUCCUACUUCACGAAGAGACUUUUAAUUUGACAAGUUUUGAUCGUGACUCUCACUGUGGGUUUUUGUUCCUGCCACAGUUAUUUAGGUUCAUUUACGGUUUUUGUGGGAAUUUCUUUAGUUUUCACUUUUAUUAUUUUUUUUUACCAGAUCUAUUCCAAAACACAACCGCCUUGUGUCCAUCAUAGGGUCAGUGAUUGAUUACAGUUAUGGAGGAGGUAGUUCCCCUGCUGUUUUGUUGGUUAUGGACAGGCUUCAGCGGGAUCUCUAUCAGGGAAUCAAGAGUGGACUCCAGUACAAAAGCAGGCUGCUUGUAGCUCUUGAUGUGGUGGAAGGUAUCCGUUUUCUGCACAGUCAGGGACUGGUGCAUAGAGACAUCAAACUUAAAAAUGUGUUGGUAUGUAAAUUGCACCAUGACUGAAAAGGACAGUAGACCCUGUUGAUCUUUCACAAAAUCACCCAAUGCUUAAAAUCCCACUUCAAACGCGCUAGCUCGUGGUACUUUUCGCCAUUCUAUGGCUUUCAAGCCAGUUGGGGUGCCAUUUUUAUGCUUGUAGAUUUUGGAUAGUAGUACCAUCAUCAGGCCAGAAUCGUUGUGUAGUCGAGAUUAAUCCACCGUAACUUGCAGGAUUAGUAAUUUGCGGGCAAGUCCAUCUUACCGAGGCUUUUCGAGGUUUGAGUAGCAUGAAGCCAAUAGGGGUAUUGUUGCUUCCUCUCACCUCCCAUGGGCGGGAUGCCAAUUCAUCGAACGGUCCCCUGGCACCCAUUUUUACCUCUGUGAGGGGUGAGGCAACGUAAGACAUCAAGUGUCGUUAAGAAAGGAGUAGGAAAACGCUUUUGUUUUAUCGCGGCAACUUUGCUCGUCGAUGUUACCGUUUUUUUUAAAGUUAAUUCCUUUCUUUUGGAUAUUUUUUUGCUCGUGUAAUGUUUCUGGAGUUAAGAAAGAUAAUUCCUUUGACGGGCCUUCAGCCAAGAGUUCGAGAUUUGCGAAGUUAAGCAAGCAGGAACGUAGUCAGCUGGUUGAACAAAGACACUCGGGAAAGACUAAGGGAAAAAACAAACAAACAAACAAACAAACAAACUGGUCUGUAUCAACCUUUCAAAAUUCCGCAGAAGCGUUUCUUUGUAAAUUUUUUUCCGGCGUGGGAAGCCAUUUAGAUGCUUUCGUGAAGCAAAUCUGAACAUGUGAGUUAUAUAUGAUAAAUAUAUUAACACAGAAACGAAAGUCUCAGUGUUUGAAAAGAAAUGGUUAACGUGCAGCGUGCAAUCAUCGAGUUAUGAAGGCAUUUGUGAGGUUUGCUAAGCACUCGAAAAGCUGUAGUUGCACUCAGCUAUUACCUCAUGCGACUUUAACGCUUAGGUAGGAUCGGAUUCGUAACCUUACCCCGUAACUCGAUGGUUGCACGCUGCACACGAAACAUUUCUUAAUGAGUUGGGCUAGGUGCCGAUGAUACAUUUACGUAUAGUUUUUUCCUGACCUGUGAUUUCUCUCAUCAGAAAAACCAAGCUGCAAUUUUCCGAUCGAAAUUUUCCGAUCGAAUUUCCCAACUUUUACACAACUUAUUUGUCCUAUCCUUGCUUGCAGUUGGACUCGAAGAACCGUGGCAAAAUAACAGACCUUGGGUUUUGUAAACCAGAGGCAAUGAUGUCUGGAUCCAUCGUAGGGACACCCAUUCACAUGGCGCCAGAACUGUUUUCUGGUCGCUAUGACAACAGCGUAGACGUGUACGCCUUUGGUGUCCUUUUCUGGUAUAUCUGCGCAGGUACAGUCCGCCUUCCCUUGGCAUUUGAGCAAUGCGCUAGCAAAGAUCACCUGUGGUCGGCCGUUCGGCGUGGCGUUCGACCUGAGCGGUUGGCGAAUUUUGAAGACCAAUGUUGGGAAUUGAUGGAGGCAUGCUGGAACGGAGACCCUAACGGACGACCGCUUCUCGGAAACAUUCAACCGAGGCUUAUUGAUAUCAUCAAACGAGUAGAAAGCCGGCGCAGUGGCACGGUUAGGCAUCAGAGAAAAGAGAGUCGACCUUUCAAAGAACUAGAGGUACUUCUUUGAUUCGCCAGACUCGAGAGAAAACUAACAUGUACAUGAUAAUCGACUGGAGAUUGUUUAUCGGAGCAAUUCAGUUAGAGGUAGCAUUGAGUGUUUCCCAUGCAAAGCGUCUCAUUUGCCAGUGUAACAUCCGCUUAGUUAAAAAAUAAUUUCUCAUUCCAUGCAUCCGUUUCACUGUGGGUAUUUGGAAAGACAUUGUGUCGGUAAGGGGUUCAGGUGACUCGUGGAGAGGCUAUUACUUCAGUAACGAGUCUGCUGUGUUGAAAUUAAGAGGGGGAAUGCUCGUUCUAGGUACAAUCCUAUUUAUUGACCCCUGUCAAACAACAAAAACCAUAGCGCUAGCUUGUAGACAUUAAUGCCAGCGCAAAUUGUUUUCAGAACAGUUUCCAAUUGAGUAUCUUCUUAAAAAUUUUUUUUUUCGAGAUUGCAUUUGAUUUUAAGUUACACCGCCCAAAGAUGGAUCGACCCCGGCAGACAAACAAGGCUUCGGUGUGCAGCAUUAAUAUUAUAUGUAAAAGCUAAAACCAAUCAAGACAUUUCCGCAUUUUUUGUCGAACGGAUGUGUUUUUUUGUUGUUUUUUUUGUUUGUUUGUUUGUUUUUUUUUUGAAGCUCUUGUAGGUUCCUUUUUGGUGGCCGUUGUGAGUGUAUGGUUUGUUUCUAACAUUCGAUCCAAAAGCGUUCUUAUCUUCGUUGUACGUGCGCGAGAAAACAAAGAAAAAACGAAAAAAAAAAAAAGAAAACAGUUUUAUCACUGUUAUCCCUUUUACUCCCAUGAAUGACGAAGUAGGAAUUUCUUCUUACAACAUCCGUUCGUUUAUCAAGGGAAUGAGUGAUGAGAAGAAAGAGAGGGAUCAAUGAAGGGAUGAUAUCCUUUGAUGUAACACCAAAUUCUUAUUGCUCAAGUUAUCAGAAAUAAAUGGCAGACAUUGUAGAAAAUUGACAUGUGGAUCAUCUUGGGAGUGAAAGGGUCAUACAUUUUUAGUGUGUUGAAGACCGUAGGUAGGCAUAAGUCAAAAUUCGUUAGCGAGUUAUAGAAGUACACCGAGAUGGGAGCUACCCAUCGUCCCAUCUUUCAUCGUUAAAUUUCCUUUUGUUUUUUGUUUUAUUCGUCAGACGGACUGAUUUGAACCUUUUUGAAUGAUUUAUUUUUUUUAUUUGGAAACUCUUUGAAUAUACAUAUAGUCGUUCGAAAUAGACGCCCAUUAGAUGUCUAUAUUUUGUAAAUGCGUUUAGUACUUUGUCAGGGUUAAUAUCUCUAAGAGGAACAUAGUUAAUGAAUUAUCAACUGAUCGAAUGUGAAAUUGACAAUAGGAAAACUAUUAAAAUUAUUAAACGCAUUAAUAGAUGAAUGAUGGAUGGAAUUAAAAGGGUACACGAAAAAUUGAUUGAAAAAUGUUAAGAUGUGA